AUGGCGGCGCCCGGCGGGGCGGGCGCGGCCCCGAUGCCGAUCGCGGCCCCCAUGAUGGUCCCGGACCCGCCGCCCUUCCCGGCCUGGCUCGCAGCGCGGCUGGACGCGCUGGGGCUGGACCGCGCUGUGUACGGCGCCUACAUAGAAGGGCUGCUGCGGGAGGAGGAGAGCGACGAGGAGCGGCUGGAGGCGCUGCGGGCCGUCCUGGCCGCCUGCCUGGAAGAAGAUCUCUUGACUGAUGUGUGCAGGGAGGUUGUGGAAAGGUGGUCUGACUCCCAGGUCGUUGAUGCCAAAGAGGAGAAAGAAGAUGAGGUCCAGGCCAUCACCAGCAUGAUGGAGAAGCAGGCCAGGAUAGUGGUGAAGCCCAGGGAAGUGUCCCAGGAGGAGAAGCAGAGGAAGGCUGCACUCCUGGCCCAGUAUGCCAACGUGACCGACGAGGAGGAUGGUGGGGAUGAACAGGAUGGAUUGACGACAGCAGUAAAUAUUGGAUCAGAAAAAUCGCUGUUCAGAAACACCAACGUGGAGGAUGUCCUGAAUGCCAGGAAACUGGAGAGGGAGCUGCUGCGGGAUGAGUUCCAGAAGAAGAAAGAGCAGGAUAAACUGCAGAGGGAGAAGGACAAGCUGGCCAAGCAGGAGCGGAAGGAGAAGGAGAAGAAGCGAACACAGAAAGGCGAGCGGAAGCGGUAGCUGGUGAUUUCCAGUUGGACUCUCAAAGGAUAAAAUUAAUUCUGAAUACAGUGUGUGUUGUAAAAGCAGCAAGAAUUCCAGGCACAUGGCUGGGAGCAGCUCUUGGGAAGUGUUGCCUUUAUUUUCCUUUUUUUUUGGUUUGUUUUGUUACAUAGCAGAACAGAAUCUCUGAGCAGCUCCUAGACUCGGUGUGACCUGUGCUUGUGGUGUCAGUGUCCCAGUCGGUGCUCGUGGCCAGUGUCUGUACCAAAGAAGGGUGAAGUGAUUA